UUGACUGCCUUCAGUCUGCACGCACACAAACUGCGCUGGUGCCGUUAGCUAGGUAGCAACUGGAAAGUAACAUCUCUACAACAAACUUACCGUCUAUAAUCAUGACUGACCCAAGAAUACGACAAAUUAAGAUCAAAACCGGCGUUUUGAAGAGGCUGGCCAAAGAGGAGGAGUCGUACAGAACGGAGGCCAAGCAGCAGGAGGAGAAGAUCGAGCAGCUGAAAGCAGCGGCGGCCGACAGUUACCUCAUCAAGCAGCACAUGGAGGGCUUGCAGGAGACCAUCAUGAUGAUCCCAGACAGUCGGCGCCGCCUGACCAUCGCACACGCCGACCUGCUGCAGCUACUGGAAGUGGAGGAAGAGUUGGCGGAAUCUGAAGAAUAUCAACAAGCCAAAAAUAUGUUGGAUUCAGUCAAGUUGGAAGCAUGAUUUGUCUCGUGACUGUGAGGUUGCUCCUGCUUGAAAUGUUCAUUCCUUCCACGUUCGGAACCACCCACAUAAUAAUUGUUCUUAUUAUGAUGGCGAUGGUUUGAUUCUGCCGCUGCUUUUUAAACCUCUCCUCUAACGAUGCAACUUUACGUGAAACUGUUCCUUUUUUUGUUUUGUUUUGUAAUUAUUGUUUUGUCACACAAAUACACCGCAGACUGAUGCACUCA